AUGGCAGCAGAGUUCGCAACACUCCUUACCAAUUAUUUCAGUCUCAUUACUAAAAAUAAAAAAAACUCGAUUUACUUCGUAAAUCUGUCCCUCCGAUUUUGUCUCGCUUUCACAACAGGCUUUGUCGAAUCUUUUGUUGGUUCAGGUCCUUCCAAGACAAUCAUGGACUCUUCUUCAAUAUCAGUUAGGGGUCCCAAUGCACUCAGGUCGGACCUACCUUGUUCUUCUUCUUCCUUAAGGGGCCCUCCUGGGUCGGGUAGAGCUCGGAUGACUUUCUUUUCUCGGACUAUCAACCCAUUUCUCCCCUCUAUUCGAGUCCGCCGCUCCGUGUUUUGUUUCUUUUUCCUCCUUAUUUUGCUUCCUUGUCUUUUCCUCCUUAUGUCGCUUUUAGACCAAUAUAGUCCGAAGACUAGAGUCCUUUCUGGUCUUACUUGGUCCCGAUUGGACAAAACAAAUGCAACUUUCUCUCCUUUUUCAGACGGCCGUGGUAAUCCCCACGGGUCUAUUCUGGAAAUCAGUCAUAUAGUGUCAGAUCAUUCAUUACAUUAUUCUUCAUUAUCUAUCUAUCUAUCUAUCUAUCUAUCUAUCUAUCUAUCUAUCUAUCUAUCUAUCUAUCUAUCUAUCUAG